GCCAUCAACUCAAAGGCACACACUCUCUCUCUCUCUACUUUCACGAGGUUGGAGUACUAACAUGUUCAACUACUUAAGACAUUGGCUCAAACCUAGGUUUUGUCUUUCAAAUUUGAGAAAAUUAACAACUAAGAACAAAUUUUUCACUUGUCUCAUUGACUUCACAAACUCCAAACCAUGGUCUGUUUCGCAAGCGUUCCCGGAAGUCUUGCGAUGUUGUGCCUCUGGGUUUAGGAACUCUGACCACAGAUGUGGUCUCAUUAAAGUUUUAAAAUUCAAUAUGAAAAUGGCUUCCAUAACAACCACAGAGCUUUUUGAUGCACAACUCCUGGAAGGUGACUUCAUCACAGCUACUCACCACAAUGCACAACGUUUGGAAGAUAGAGUUUCCCAACAAAAAACAGAGUUUCUCAGAAAUGCACAGAAACUUAGGAAACAGAAUGAGGAACUUGAGAAAGAGAAGAUGUUGAAUACACGAAACAGGAAGAAUGGUCUUUCAGAUGGAUUUAGAGUAUUGGAAGAGUUUGAUAAAGGACUUCAGGAUGAUCGAAAUACUGAGCAUAUGAAUGUGCAAAAGCAUCUGGUGAAAAUCCAUAAUGGUGUAAAUACAUUUCAGAUGCUGCUGACUGACGUGAAGCCUACCCCUGUGUUAAUUGAGAAACUGAAAGAAAUAAUGACAGAAGUUGAAAAUUCUAUCAACACUUUCAAGGAGGAUCAACGUCAAAGUUUUGAGGAUCUAUUGAAAGAGGAAAGAACAUGCAGCCAGGAGAUAAGUGCUUUUGAAAAGAAGAUUGAGACUUGGUCUUUGGCUGUAAAAGCAGACCCAAAGUUGCCCCCUGCUCCGUCAGGCAAGGUGUGUCUGGCUAAAGCCCUAGAGGAGGACCUCCCACCAGAGGUGACCGCACUAGAGAGGUUCCUACAACAAACUGGAGGGAAGCAGGGGGGCUGGGACCAGUAUGACCAUCAGAGCUUUCUGAAAGUGUGGACCAAGCACAAUGGCAAACCAGCCUAUAGGAAAGAGGCUUUGCUCUACCUGCCAGGCAAAACUCCGGAAGACGUUGAACAGCACGAAGAUUGGUAUCUUGAGCUCCUGUACCUCCAGGAGAAGAAGAAAGAGGCCAUUCACCGGUGGAAGGCUGAGAGACAGCAGGAGAGGGCGACAAGGCUGCAGCACCAAGAUGAGCUGGAGAGCGCUGCCAGGAGGGAGAGGGAGGCCCAGGCUGAGACCCAGCAGCGUAGGGCUGAGGAGGAGAGGAGGGAGGCAGUGGCUCGCCUGGAGGGGUGGAAAAGGCAGCGCAGGCUGCGCCUGGAGCAGGAGGAGGAGCAGAGGCUCACUGAGGAGAUCCUGCAGCGGAGAAAAGCCAAGGAGGAGCGCAGGAGACAGCUGGAGGUGAAGCUGGCUCUGGAGGCCCACAUUCAGCAGAAGAAGAAGGAGGAAAAACUUCUGACCAUGCAGAAGGAGGAACAGGAACAGGCUGACAUGGAGGAGAAGAAGAGACUGGCAGGCUACGGCAUCAAACGCUUUCAGGAAAGGGACUUCCAGAAGUUGGAGACAAAAGUGCAGGAGAGACAGGAGAAGGAAAAGCAGGAGCUGGAUAGACAAAAGAGACUGGCUAAGCUGAAGGAGAAGGCAGAGGCUCAUAUCAGCAGAGACCCUUCCAGGCUCUGCAAACUCACCAAAGGAUGGGAGGAACGCACCAAAGAGAUUGGACCCACUGGGGGCGGACCUGUAUUACAGAUGUUUCAUAGGGCUGUCCCAAGCUGGAGACAAGACUUAUGAGGAUGUCUGACUGGAACAAGUAUUUUCUUUGCUAAUUAGUUUUUUAUUUAAUCAUGCAAAAUUCAAACCUCAGUGUGGUUAUUUGUCAUUUCAACACACUUGUAUCUGUGCUUUGUGUCAUUUCCAUUUUUAUACAAUAAAUGAUCACAUUUCUUAUCUGAAUUAAAACAUGAAUAACUGUC